AUGUACAACAAGGACAAGAUCAUGCGGAAACUCCUUGGCAAGGCCGCCGUCGAGUCGUCGCCGUCCUCGUCACUUCCAGACAACAACUCGAACCUCGGCGUCACCUCUGCCCCCUUCACACCCACGACCAUACUACGGCCGAGCGUAUCGCAAGAUGCGGCAUACAAAGCCGGCGUGCCGAUCGAUUGCAUUGAUCGGUCCCCCGACGGCCAAAGCGCCAUUCUUGCGGGGAGGCACAUCCUCAAGACCGUCAAGCUCAAUGGGAACACAGUCCAAGAUGGCAUCGACAUACGCGCGGCCAUUCUGGCCCAGCCUUUCAUGAAGAACUCGGUAAACUCGAGCUCCGACCAACUCUCCAUCAAGGAUGUCAAAUGGCUCCGAGGACGAGGCGACACCACUAUCUUCACCGCAUGCGCCAGUGGCAAGAUCUUCCAAUACGACCUGACGCGCCUGGGCGGAGGCGCUGACGGAGCGCCGAUGGAGGUUAUACAAAUGAGGGAGGAUUCGCGACAGAUCAACACCCUGGACAUCAACCCACGGUCCUCUUAUCUCCUCGCGGGGAGCCAGGACGGCAUCGUGCGCUGCUUCGACAUCAUGAAUCCUGUCCGGACCCAUACCGGACACCUCAGCUUCAGGGCAGUGCAAGCGUUCAAAUGCAAUGCCGGUGGGGUCCAGUGUAUACAAUGGUCACCGCACGCCGAUGGGGCUUGGUCUUUUGCCUGCGGCACAGAGCAGGGCGUUGUUCUGAAAUGGGACAUCCGAAAGGCAACAGCCCCUGUGCUUAGGAUAAACGCACACGACAAGGCUUGUUCGACUCUUGCCUGGCACCCAGACGGUGAUCACAUCGUUAGCGGCGGUUGGGACAACAAGUGCCAUGUUUGGGAUGCAUCCACAAAGGCAGACAAGAGGCAGAGAGCCAAAUGGACUAUCAGUACUCCAGCACCUGUAUCCGAUGUGUCCUGGCGACCUGGGACAUGGUCCGCUACGGCCCAGGGCAAGAGGGCCGCACAACUAGCAGUCGCAUACGAAGGGGGAAGCCAUGGUCGAAAUGGAAUCAAUGCGUGCCACGUAUGGGAUCUUGCCAGACCUACAAUGCCCUUCAAGGAGGUCUCAAAAUUUGACACCUCCCCCGGCGCGCUCCUCUGGCAUGACCAGGACCUACUUUGGACGGCUGGCCAAGAUGGUUUGUUCAACCAAUUCGAUAUUGCGUACGCCCGGAAGGUCGUGGACCGCACGACAAUGUCCGUGUUGUCCUUUUCGUCACGUGGGGAUGUUGUCAGUUUUCUGGACGAGCGCCCUCAGGUGCGGCGACCCCAUAGGUCCGUGGUGUCCGCCGAGAUGCUACCGAGCCGUGCUUCCUACACCUCUAGCCCCACCGUCCCAAUGCUCAGUAUCAGUCGCAGCGACUCAGAGGACGAAGUCGCUGGAAACUUCUUAGGGGCACGACGGGCCAGGCCUAAGCAUAGGCGAGCUCCCACUGCGAGCCGAUCCGUUCAGUCGCUCAGCACAACACCUCCCGGAGGACCGGAUGCACCAGUGAUGGCUCUCGAACAGUCCAUCAAGGCUUCCGGGCUUUUCAAACCUCAGCAAGCUAUGACUAUAGGACGAGUCCCGUCCGCAGCAAACGUCAAUAUGUACGAGUAUCUCUCCACUCACUACCUCGAGACACUCCAUGAGCUUCUGCCUUAUAAACGAGGGGCAGAAUCUCUGGAUGUCCGGAUUCAAGCUAUCCUGGAACACUACGCCAUGGCUGCAGAGACCGUUGGCCAAUUCCGUCUGUCCCAAGUCUGGAAGGUACUGGCAUUCGCUAUGAGACUGCUGCUAGAGAGAAGGGCACAGCACCACCUCGACCGACGCACCGGUGAGCUCGAGAGGUCAAAUAAAGCGACGGCAAAAUUGCUGUCGAAAUCCCCUGCCACUUUGAAGGGGCUUGAUGAGAUACCCAAGCUGGGUCAGGUCCAACUGGCCCAGUCUGGUUUGACGGAACCGGAGGCGGCCUUCGGAGGCGGCCUCAAGCCUCCCGCAAGCGUUGAGCGAGCAAGCCAUCUUCGCUCAUUACUAUCAGAGGAAUUUGAGAGCACGUCCCAGACAACUACACCGCUCGCCCGGCCUGUAGAUGGUGGUAAUGAAGGCGGGAUUGACUCAAUCGACCAUAUUCGCGAGCUUGAGGAUCAUCACUUCGAGUAUGGGAAGAAGCUCACUCCCGUGCAGGAAGGCGGAAGCUUCACACUCCCUCCACCGGUCAAACGGCCCUCACAGCGACAGCGGCUUGAUUCCGAGCCCCUCUCUACAUUCAGCCAUGACAGCGACACCCACGCAAGCACCGAAGGCUACGAUUUCUACGACACAGAUGCUAUCAGUCAAGCGAUCGAUGUGCCUGGCGCGAAGAGUAAUUCCGACCAGGGCCCCGCAUUGGGUACUCCCAGCAGCGCGAGGAGAGUCGUAACGAGGCACGACUCAGAUGAGUCAUUUGGACAAAUGUUUUCGAUCUCGAGCAGCAGCAGGCAAACAACAGGCCUAACUGGAUCAUCUUCUGGUUCCAUCCAGCGACGAACUCAAAGGAUUACAGGUGUGGGGCCGUCGAACCCGCAGCUUGCUCGCAGCGCUAGCACUGGCGAAUAUGAAAGCAGAAUCAGGGGAUCCAAACUGGAACCCAGCAUCCCUCCGAAACUUCAGCACCGUGGAGCCUCUGAUCCGGCCAGACUCGAUGACAGUACAGUGACUCAGUCCACGGAUGAAGACCCUAUGAUCACUCAAACGACCAUGGACAGCAUCGAGUCAGGGAGAGGCGAUUCACACCCGAGGCCUGACAGCUUCCCCCAGUACACCUCUCAGACCGUGUCUCUUGGUGUGAGUCCGUUGGAUUCGUUCGAUUCCAGCCACGACCCCGAGCAGCCUCAAGAAACCGAUUACCUGCCAUGGUCAGAUGACCCACGAUACCCGCAUCCUAUCGCUUGGGAAGACGAUGGACCCCUCCGUCCCGGUCCCCUCGAUCCGUACAAGCUCGUUUCCCGAGCAGUCAGCUUCGAGGCCACAAAGUCGGCACUCAACGCAUCAGCCAUGGUCCUUCUUCUGAGACCGCUGGUCUACGACGUGGACGAUGUCAUUGACAGUUUCCAAGCCGCCGCAAUUAUUAAGCAACAACACUCCCGCCUCAUGGGAAUGAAGCUAUUCCCACAGGCGGCUCUUCUUAGGAACCUUUGUAUGAAGGGUUGGCCUGGUGGGCCACUCCAGCAAUGGGGCGAGGACUACCCAUCGGUAUUCAGGCCCGCACAGUCGAACAACAAGGCUGCGUUCCUAUGUCAAACCUGCCGCAAACCAAGAGAGAUUGAUCGGCGCAACAUGGAGACUCAAUCGGCUAAUCAAAUCUGGCGUUGUGAGCGGUGCAAUGCAGUCAUGGCUCCAUGCGCCAUAUGCCAUCAUCGCGAGGUACCAGAGGUUUCCAGCGAGGCGACCGAGAUCUCCCCCGAGUUGCUACGCACAGCAGCGGAUGGUCAAGAUGACGAGACUCUCAUGUCAACAUGGUGGUAUUGUAACGGGUGUGGGCAUGGCGGACACGCGUCCUGCCUUGCGGGAUGGCACUCCGAGGUCGAAGACGAUGAGGCCUCCUCAUUUGAUGAUGGCCCCGAAGGGCUUUACUCGGAUGGAUGCUGUCCCUUCGACGGGUGCGGGCACGCCUGCCUUCCCGGGAAGUACCGCGCCGAGAACAACGUGGCGAGGACAGAGGAAAUUUCGCGUGCUGUGAGAGAAGUCAAUCGGAAUACUUCACACGCGAGCGGGACCGCAUCGCCGCGAUUUGGUGCAGGACGUUACAGUACUGGGGCACUAGAUGAGCUUGCACAGCGAGCGGCAAGCCGGCGUCGAACCGGUGAGACUAGUCUUGAGGGCAGUGUCCACGGCGACCUCAACGAAAUCCCGCAGAGCAAGGCCGUGGAAUCUGUCAGAGAGAGCCUGGCAGGCGGCCAAGCCAGCCCCAUGGGCGGCCUGGGCAGGGCUGCGAGCGCAAUUCACCUCGGUCCGAGCAUGCUCAAGCAUGCAUCGCUGCAGAAAUACUGUGUCCGCAAGCACCGCGAGCCAGACAGGUCUGGCUGGGCGCGGUGGAUCGUGGGCAGUGGGCAGGCAGAGGUCAGCAGACGGAGAAAAGACAAGGAUCUGCUGAGACGGGCAGACAAGAGGAAGCGCGAGACGGAGCUUUGCUCUCAUGGCACAACCUCGGGACCUUUCCGCCCUCAUCAUGAGAGGGAUGGCUACUGGCAAGAGGUGGUCAGCUGGAAAGGCUGGGAUGAAUGGGAACAAAGCCUGCGGGCUGUCGACCCCUCGGAGGAGGAGUGA